AUGGAAUCCAGAGGGAAGCCGACCAACAGCCCCAAGGUCGACACUAAGGCCACGGCUGAGGCCCGAGCCUCUGCUGCCAUGGACGGGAAGGCCCCGUCCUCUAAGCCAGGGAAGAAGGAGGCCCAAGCAGAGAAGCAGGAGCCGCCAGCAGCCCCCACGCCGCCACCUGCCAAGAAGACCCCAGCCAAGGCAGACCCGGCCCUUCUCAACAACCACAGCAACCUGAAGCCGGCCCCCGCGGCCCCCAGCACCCCUGACGCGGCCCCCGAGCCCAAGGGCCCUGGGGACGGGGCUGAAGAGGGCGAGGCCCCCGGUGGGGGCCCCAGCGGCCGAGGGCCCUGCCCUUUUGAGAACUUGACCCCACUGCUGGUGGCCGGGGGCGUGGCUGUGGCUGCUGCAGCCCUGAUUCUUGGGGUCGCCUUCCUGGUCCGAAAAAAAUGA